AUGAAUUCCGUCGAUGCCUCCGAGCAUUACGAGCUCGGCGCGACAGACCUCGCUCCCUCUCUUCUCACUGUCGUCCUUGAUACAAACCCACACGCCUGGGCAGCGCUUGAAGGUUCCCUGCCACUUUCAAAAGCCGUUGCGAACAUUCUCGUUUUCAUCAACGCCCACCUCGCCUGUAACUACGCCAACGAAGUCGCAGUAGUUGCUUCCCACACUACAAAAGCAAUAUGGCUAUAUCCUGUCCAUAACGAUGCCAUCUCACAAGAAUCCGCGGAUCCAGACGGAGACGUCUCAAUGAAUGGAGAUAGCGUAGCAGCACCACAGACAAACAAAUACCGACCAUUCCGCUUGGUAGAGGAGCAAGUCACGAGGAAACUGAAAGAGCUCAUGGACUCGACAAGCAGCGAUGACCUCCGCGGCAACACUUCAACCAUGCUCGCCGGUGCUCUGACAUUAGCACUGAGCAACAUCAACCGGCGAACCAUCGCCUGGGCCGAGGAACACGGCGGCGCAGACUUAGAAGAUGCCGCCGGUGAUGGCGGCAGCGGAGGCGCAAGCGCAGGAGCAGGAGCAGCAGGGACCGGACCCGGCCGAUACUCCGCCUCGAACGACGACGAACGCCUCCAAAGUCGAAUCCUGAUCGUCUCGGUGAGCGGAUCCAGCGACUCGGCGCACCAAUACAUCCCCGUCAUGAACAGUAUAUUCGCCUGCCAGCGAUUACACAUCCCCAUCGAUGUGUGUAAGCUCAGCGGUGAUGCGGUCUUCCUGCAACAGGCCUGCGACGCCACUAAGGGCGUGUAUAUGGCUCUCUCCGAGCCGCGCGGUCUGCUGCAGUAUCUGAUGAUGGCGUUUUUGCCAGAUCAGCGCUCGCGAAGACACCUAGUUCUUCCGACACGGGUAGAUGUGGAUUUCCGCGCGGCUUGCUUCUGUCACCGGCGUGUGGUGGAUAUCGGUUACGUCUGCUCCAUCUGCCUCAGUAUCUUCUGCGAGCCACCACCCGGAAAUGACUGUUUGACCUGCGGCACUCCCCUUGACGUGGGUGAUUUUGGGUCCAAACCGGCUCUCAUCCCGAGAAAGAAGAAAAAGAAGAAGCGGGCUAAUGGGACUUCGACGGUUGGGACACCCAUGUCCACGGGGACGCCGACUCCUGGACCUGGAUAA